UGAGCUAAUUCAGCAAAAUCAAGUGUUGGGAGGCAGAAACUUUGUCAUAUCGAAUGAAAAUAUGAAUUUAAAAAUUUCAGCUGGUUAAUAUUUUGCCAGAAGGCCUCUGUUAGUCCAGACAAACCAUAGGCGACUUCAUAGGUUAUGAAGAUUUGAUGGAGGGUCUGCCGGCAGUUCUGAUGAAGAACACGUGCGGUUCAGAAGGGGAGAAUUGCUGCUUUCCACGACCAAUUCGUACCAAGUCAUCAGUUCUCUUGGAAGUGGUACAUUUGGACACGUGUUACAAUGUACCCAGACUAGUACUUCACAGUUGGUCGCUGUCAAAGUAUUAAGAUAUAUUAGUGGUCAGCCUGAACUGGGUCAACGAGAAUAUAGUGUUCUCUCGCAGUUGAAGUCCGAGGAUCCAGAUGAAUACAACAUCGUCAAGGUGCUGGAAUUUUUCAAACACGGGCCUCACACAUGUAUCGUCUUUGAAAUGCUGGGUAAGAGUCUCUUGGAAUUCCUGGAAAAUGCUGGCUCUAUGACAUGCAAAGACAUUAGGCCCAUUCUGAAGCAGCUUCUGACAGCUUUGUUGAAACUUAAGCAAUUGGGCAUCAUACAUACCGAUCUGAAACCAGACAAUAUAAUGCUGGUUGACCCUGUAGGACUGCCCAAUCGGAUAAAAGUCAUCGACUUCGGGAGCUCAUUGUAUACAAACGAGGAAAACGGGAUAGCAUAUAUCCAAACUCGUUUUUACAGGGCCCCCGAAGUCAUACUGGGCCUCCCAUUUUGUGAAGCAAUUGACAUGUGGUCGUUGGGUUGCAUACUGGCCGAGUUAUAUUUGGGUGUGCCCUUGUACCCAGGGGUUUCAGAGUAUACCCAACUCCGGUAUAUUAUUGAGGCCCAAGGAUUGCCCACAAAAGGAAUGUUAGACUUUGGCAGCAAGACUUCACAGUUUUUUUGUUUGGACACGAAAGCCAGCUCUCCUGCUUGGAGAUUGAAUACAUAUGAGGAAAAUAUAGAACUGACGGGUGAAAACCCUAAGGAGAACUUGCGUCACGAAAUUGAAUCCCUUGACGAGAUCAUACAUUUUGGAGCUUUAACUAGCUGGACGGGAAAUAACCUAGCCGCCGAACAAGCCGACCAUAAAAUGUUCAUAGACAUCGUCAAGAAAAUGUUGGCUAUGGAACAGUCAAAACGCAUUACUCCAGCUGAAGCUCUUGACCAUGACUUCAUCUCUAUGGACCAUUUAGUGAACUACAGUGAUUGCGACUAUGUAGAAGAAAAUUUGCAGACGUUGGAGGCUGCUUGCACUAAAAUUCCCUUGAGAAAUUGUCCAUCACCCGGAGAGUCCUCUGAGAAUUAUAACGUCACUGAGGGCCAUCAGCAAAAACUCCAAGGAAACUGUGAAUAUCCUUUGGUACCUCAAGAUAAUGAGGAUCAACAACCGCUCAACCUGGUUAAAAAAAGGGCUCGAGAAUCUACUUCUCCAGACCAAACAAACCAUGCCAAUAUCUUGAAGAAGGAAAAUAGCAGAUAUAAAGUUCUCUUGCAGCCCUCAGUGACGUUCGAACAAUUUACUGACUGUUACCCCUAUAAUAUUCAACAAGAGGUGACAGUCUGUAGUACCUCGCCGGUGGAUGAGAAAGUGAAUUCAAUUUCAGACAGUGACGAUGACGACAAACAGCCAUCGUCGGAAGCGUAUUUCAGGAUGAUGAGAAUCAAUAACCACUCAACCUGGCCCAAAAAUCUACUUCUUCAGAGCAAACAAACUAUGCCAAUUAUGUCAAUGAAGAAAAAUCGCAGAUCUGAAAGCCACCUGCAGCCCUCAAUGGCAUCGGAAAAAUGUAUUAACUGUUACCCCUAUGAUGUCCAACAAGAGGUAACAGUUCGUGAUACCUCGCCGGUAAACGAGAUAGUGAAUUUGAUUUCAGAUAGUGAAGAUGACGAUGGCGACAAAAAGGCAUCGUCGGAAGCGUAUCUCAGGAUGAUGAGGAUCAAUAACCGCUCAACCUGGCCCAAGAAUGUACUUCUUCAGAGCAAACGAACUACGCCAAUCAUUUCAAUGAAGAAAAACCGCAGAUCUGAAGUUCACCUGCAGCCCUCGACAACGUUUGAACAAUUUACUGACUGCUACCCUUAUGAUAUCCAACAAGAGGUAACAGUUCGUGAUACCGCGCCAGUGAACGAGAUAGUGGAUUUGAUUUCAGAUAGUGAAGAUGAUGAUGAUGACGAAGAGCCGUCUCCAUUCUUUUUGUAA